GUGAGUCAUUACCAUCUCCAACACCAUCUACAAUAAUAUUGACAGUAACCAACUCAUUUUGUGAACCUCCUUCUUCCUCACCAUUCAACCUGAGUAGCAUCACUGUCACCACCAUACCAGUAAUAGUAACUGCCACUGCUACUGUAGAAAGCACUCAAAGCACGGCAGUGAUAAUGUCAGCUAUUAUACUACCGGUAAUACUACUGAUGAUUACUGUACUACUAAUAUCACUGACUCUCAUCAUUUAUUAUUACAGAAUAAGAAAGGCUGUAAAUAGAAAACCAGUUUCUGGCAAAAGAACUCCAACUGCUAAAUUAGACAAUGAUGUUGUAUUCAAUAUCAGGUAUAAUGAUACUAAUCAGCAAAUAUCAUGUAGUCAAUUCACAUCAUUCCCAUUGCCAACUAUUCUUGAAAAUCAAGUAUCUGAUGGUACUAAUGAUCAAGACUACACAGCAAUGCACUCUUCUUGCAAUCACAUAUAUGAAGAUGCCACUAAAAUUUAAGUGAAGGAGGAGAU